GGCCCUCCGCAGUUUCCCAAGCGACGCGACCGGCACAGCAGGUGUCCAGCCCCCGAAAACCGCACAGAGAAGCCGCACUUGCACCUGGAACUGGACUUUUACUGAAUCCAGAAUGAAGCUGGACGCGGAGAGCGAGAAACAGAUGCAGCGAGGACGAGUGGGAGUGGGUCCUGAGCCGCCCAAGUACCUCAACGAGGACUUUUUCAAGGCCGCCCUGGAGGACGGCCUGCGGGACAUGCGGGUGGACAUCAAGAAGAUUAUAUUCGCAGAGUCGAGCGGCGGGGGCGGCGAGAACUACUGCAGCAAGAUCUACAGGGCGAAGGCUCUCUACCGGAGCAGCAAGCGGCAGCUGGACGAGGAGCUGGCCCUGAUCGUGAAGAGCAUCGCCAUCACCCCGGCCACCCAGUUCCUCGAGGAGCUGGCCGUCUACCUGCGCGAGAAGAUCUUCUACUUCGACGUCCUCGGCAAGCUGGAGGUCCUCAUCGGCGACGGCUCCAAGUUCGGGGCCAAGUGCCUCUACACCACCCGGGAGCCCAUCCAGACCAUCGUCUUCGACGACCUCACCCAGUACGGCUACAAGCUGGCCAGUCGCCAGAGCGGCCUCAACGAGGAGCACUGCGUGGUGAUCCUCAAGAAGCUCGGCAAGUUCCACGCCAGCUCCAUGCUCCUGGCCGAGAAGGAGCCCAGUGUCCGGGAGCACUUCACCACCGGCAUGCUGGACGAGAACUACAUCCGGACGAACGAGCGCUUCAUCAACUUCAUGACCCUGCAGCUGCGAACCCUGGCCAACCUGGUGGCCAAGUGGCCGGGCUACGAGGUGCUGGCCACCAAGCUGCACCGCCACUGCGACGACAUCAAGGAGAACCUGGUCACCACCGGGCGGCCCCUGCCCGGCGAGAUCACGGUGCUGAACCACGGCGAUCUGUGGGUGAACAACUUCAUGUACAAAUACGACGACUUGCAGCCCACGAAGCCGAUCGAUGCCAUCUUCGUGGACUUUCAGAACAGCUUCUUUGGCAGUCCGGGCUGCGACAUCAACUUCUUCCUGAACAGCAGCGUCCAGCUGGACGUGCUCAUCCACCGGCGGGAGUUCCUCAUCCAGACCUACUACGCCUCGCUGCGGGAGAGCCUGGAGAGGAUGCACUCGGAGUUCGUGCCCAGCUACGCGGACAUCCAGCACGAGAUCCAGGCCAGGGAGUUGUACGGGUUCUUCUCCUCCUACGCCUUCCUGCCGAUGGUGACCAUGAAGAAGGAGGACUCCUACGACAUCAGCAUCGAGGCGCUCACGGACCAGGACUUUGCCAAGAAGAAGGUCCAGCUGAUGUUCUCCUCCAAUCCCCGCACCACCGACACCCUGCGCUACGCCCUGCGCCGCUUCGACGAGCUGGGAAUCUUCGAUUGAUCCCUUGCUUCGAUAACUUAUCGAUAACUGAUCGAUGGCCAGACUCCCUUUUCUUAGUCCUUUAGUAGGCUAUGCCGCUCUUUUUUUUGUUUUUGUUUUUAAACUACGUAGGCUUAAGUGCAUUCUAAAUAUUAAAUAUUAAACACCA